AUGCCCGGUAGAUCAGAGGCUAAUCCCAAGGUUAGUUCCCGGCUAUCCAUUGCCGCCGUUCAAGUAGAGAACCCCUCAAACACGAUAGCGUACGCGGACACAAACCACAUCCUAAGCAAGGGCCUGGUGUGA